UUUUAUUAUUAAAAUUGAAAAUGUGGACUGUUUUAAAGAAAGGAGUCGGAAAUAAGCUGAAAAUACAAGACUUAAGACUACUAAUGGGCUCGAUAGCCCCUAGACAUACCUGGAAGAGAAGGGAGUAUGAGUAUAAGUCAGGAUAUCAACAUGGAUUUGAAAAUAAGCAUCGAAAAAUAUUGCAGAUGCUUGGAUUUGUCACAUUAUCAAGCCUCUUUUUAAAGUCAAAUACUAAUGCUUUAUGAGACCAACAAAAGCCUGAAAAAGUGCCUCUCUUUACAACUAUUAUGCAAAAAGUAUCUACAAAGAAGGAAGAUGCUGAUAAAGAGGUUGAUGAAGAGAAGUUGAAGCAGAUCAGAGAGGAGCUAAAAGACUUUAGGAAAGUAUUUUUGAUUAAAACUCUUGAUCUCCCUCUUGGGGCAACCAAGCAAAUUAGAAUCAGGAAGUAUAGUGAAAAUGUUAUGACAAGACAUAUUAUUACAUACGGAGAAAAAGACAAAGUUCUAGUUCAUAAUUACCAAGGAGACUACUAUGUCACAGGAAGUUUUUGUAGUUAUGACGGGGCUGAUAUGAGAAACGGAUGCCUCUUUGGAAACAAACUUACAUGUAGCUCCUGAGGCUCAGCAUUUAAUAUUGAAUCAGGAAGUGUAGAAAAUGGACCAGCUGUUAGAAAUAUCUCAGCAUUUCCCAUAGACAUUAAUAGAAAGACAGAUGAACUGAGUUGUUUUAUUCCUUAUGGAAGUAUCCCUCCUUAUGGGAAAAGUAAAAUCGCCGAGAAAGAUGAUAACUCAACAGAGCGGUUUGUGAUAGUCGGAGAUACUCUUGCAUCUCUAGGAGCUAUUUCUGCUUUGAGAGCAAAUUUCCAAGGUGAACUUAUUGUAAUCCCAAAUACAUUUGAAAAACCCGGGUUUGUGAAUACAAAAGCUCUUAGGGAAAAUCUCAACCCUUUAGGGGUCAAAGACCAGUAUAUUGUAGAUCCUGAUUUUCUUGAGAAGAAUUACUGAAAUAUCAACAACCAUUCAGUUGAGGACAUUGUUAAAAUUGAUUCAGCCAACAAACUUCUUUCAUUUGAUGAUGGAAGUACACUUAAAUUUUCAAAGUGACUUCUUGCUUGUGGUUCUCAUAAAUUGAAAGAAUUCGAACAAUACGAGAAUGUCUAUUCCCUUGAAAAUAUCAAAGAUCAUGCAAAGAUUCAUAAUGCAGUGAAGAAAGCUAAAAUUGUAGUGAUCUAUGGCUCAAAUUUUGAGACUUAUGAGCUUGCUUCAAGUGUCAGGAAAUUAGCAGACUCAUAUGGAAAAACAGACAUGGAUGUUAUACUUAUUGAAUCUGGUACAUCUGAACUAUUAAGAUCCUUUGGCGAAGAGGCUCACAAAACUUUAAAGGCUAUCAUGCAUAUAAAUGGGAUUAGAACUGUCUCCGACAUGAAAGUAAUUGCUACCAAUAGCAAAUCUGGCUCUUACAAUCUCGAUACAAUGACCUUAUUCCAAGAAAAGACAGGGACAAAGAUAAACCUCCAGCCAGACAUGGUGAUCACUGAGCUUGGUAUGGGAAAAUCAAUAGUCCCUAUUAGCAGCCUGUUGAUACAAAACCCAAAGAAAAGCGCAGCGAUUAUCUCUCCUAACGAAGUGGUUUCAGUAGACUUCAUGAAUUCAGUGGAGUACAACAAUCUUUACUCUAAUUUAUUCGCUGCAGGAACCUGCUCAGUUGCUACAAGCUCCUACAAAGAUGGCAAUUAUAGACAGCAAGAUGCAUUCUGAGAGGUAGACUCAGGAUUUUACGCAGGCCUCAGUAUGACAAAUAGAAGAUACGGUUUCAAGGAUGUCCCAAUGUCUAUCUUCAAUAUCGCUGGUAACAAUUUGGCAUAUAUUGGUGAAAGAGAUCCAAUUUACACUGAUGUUAUUGUUGAAGGAGACCUCAAAAAACUUAAAUUUAUCAUCUAUCUUUAUAAUCUGGAGAAGCAGAAAAACAGUAAGAGAAAAUCCUUUGAAGACCAGUGUGUUGGGAUCUUGGUGUGAAAUAUGCCAAAGAUUCACCUCUUCCUCAGAGAAGCCAUGCGGCUAGAAAUAAUGCCACUGAUUUCGAAAUUCAAAGUGAAUAAGCAUGGAAAGAGUCAAGUGUCUUUCAAGGAUAUCUGCAACAAUGUAAUCAAGAAAAGCAAGAGCCAAGUUGAAUGCAAACGUGAUGAAUAUUUGAAGUAA